AAUGCGCCCAUCGAAUUCAAACCACGUUUCUCUCUCUCCGCGCAGCAGAGGAGCCGGCGAGGGAAGGUGUUUGGGAAGGUGAGCUGCAGGAAUAUGAAACAGGACUGUCCCGAUCCGACCUGUGACGAUCCGGUCUUGCUUCCAGGACACUGCUGCAAAACAUGCCCAAAAGGCGACUCGGGGAGAAAGGAGGCGGAGUCUCUGUUUGAGUUCUUCCAGGAGAAAGACGACGACCUGCACAAGUCCUACAACGACAGAUCCUACAUCAGCUCUGAAGAGAACAGCAACCGAGACAGCGCCACCGAUUUUGUGGCUGUACUCACGGGUGUGACGGACUCGUGGCUGCCGAGCUCCAGCGGCGUCGCACGGGCCAGAUUCACACUCGCUCGAACGAGCCUGACCUUCUCCAUCACGCUCCAGAGGAUGAGCAGGCCGAGCGUCAUCACGUUCCUGGACUCCGAUGGAAACACGGCCUUUGAGUUCAGAGUACCGCGGGCGGAUACAGACAUGAUCUGUGGAGUUUGGAAGAACCUGCCGAAGUCUCACCUGCGGCAGCUGGAGGCGGAGCAGCUGCGUGUUUCCAUGACAACCGCUGACAACAAGGAGGAGAUACAGGGCAAAGUCAUCAAACACAGAGCGCUGUUUGCAGAAACCUUCAGUGCGAUCCUGACGUCUGACGAGGUGCAUUCUGGGAUGGGAGGAAUCGCCAUGUUGACGCUCAGUGACACGGAAAACAAUCUGCAUUUCAUCCUGAUCCUGCAGGGACUCGUUCCUCAUGGGAGCUCCUCUGUAAAGGUGCCGGUCCGAGUGAAACUGCUGUACCGACAGCAUCUGCUGAGAGAAAUACGAGCAAACAUCUCUGCACACGACUCUGACUUCGCUGAAGUCCUGGCCGAUCUGAACAGUCGUGAACUCUUCUGGUUGUCCCGCGGACAGCUGCAGAUCUCGGUGGAAACAGAAGGUCAAAACCCUCGUCAGAUCUCCGGAUACAUUUCUGGCAAGAGAUCAUGUGACACUCUUCAAAGCGUGAUGUCCAGCGGUUCUGCUCUGACUCCUGGGAAAACCGGCGGCGUCGGGUCGGCCGUCUUCACCCUGCAUCACAACGGCUCGCUCGACUACCAGGUUCUGGUGGCGGGUUUGAGCAGCGCGGUGGUCGGCGUGACGAUCGAGAUGAAGCCGCGGCGGCGCAGCAAACGCAGCGUGCUGUACGACAUCACGGCGAAUUUCUCCGCGGCGGAGGAGCGCGGUGGCGGGCGAGCGGUGGGAAGCUGCAGCCGUGUCGAGGCCAGACACAUUCACAUGCUGCUGCAGAACGAACUGUUCAUUAACAUCGCCACGGCUGAGCAGCAAGAGAGCGAACUGCGCGGACAGAUACGAAUGCUGCCGUACAACGGACUGGACGCACGCCGAAAUGGUGAGAAAGACAGCAUUUACAAUAAACAUGAAUAAUAAAAUGAAUAUGAAUAACAAAAUGAAAUCUAUUCUUUAGAAACCGUCAACGCUCACCUGCACGGAUUGGCCGAGAUCGGCGAGAUGGAUGACUCGUCCACCAAUCACAAGAGACUUCUGACUGGCUUCUACGGUCAACAGGCUCAGGGUGUGUUGAAAGAUAUUAUUCACGUUCCCAACAGCUGUGAGUUGGGUUCGCGCGGUGAAGUGGUCGAGGAGGCAGAGUUUGACGAUCUUGUAUUCGUCCGUGACCCGGCCGAGCUGAGGAAAGACCCACACACAUGCUUCUUUGAGGGAGAACAUCAUGCGCAUGGGUCGCAGUGGACACCGCAGUACAACACCUGCUUUACCUGCAUCUGCCAGAAGAAGACAGUGAUCUGUGACCCUGUGAUCUGUCCCGCGCUCUCAUGUCCUCACACCAUCCAGCCUGAAGACCAGUGCUGUCCCAUCUGUGACGAAAAGAAAGAAACCAAACAGACGACGGCGGUAGAAAAAGUUGAGGAAGAUCCAGAAGGCUGUUAUUUCGAAGGUGAUCAGAAAAUGCACGCACCUGGCACAACAUGGCAUCCAUUUGUCCCGCCAUUCGGCUACAUUAAGUGUGCCGUGUGUACCUGCAAGGGCUCCACAGGAGAAGUGCACUGCGAGAAAGUGACGUGCCCGCCUCUCACCUGCAGCCGACCAAUCAGACGCAACCCUUCAGACUGCUGUAAGGAGUGUCCUGCGGAAGACACGCCCCCUCUGGAGGACGAUGAAAUGAUGCAGGCAGACGGAGCGCGACACUGCAAGUUCGGCAAUAACUACUACCAGAAUAGCGAACACUGGCACCCUCGUGUCCCGCUGGUGGGAGAAAUGAAGUGCAUUACCUGCUGGUGUGAUCAUGGAGUCACAAAGUGCCAGAAAAAACAGUGUCCGUUGUUGAGUUGCAGUAACCCCAUUCGCAGAGAAGGAAAAUGCUGUCCUGAAUGCAUAGAGGACUUUAUGGAAAAAGAAGAAAUGGCAAAAAUGGUGGAGAAAAAGAAAAAUUGGAGACACUGACACCUCCUUUCCUCAACGUUCAUAAUCCCACAUGUCUUGAGAUCAGGCCGUCUCAAAUGCACAACGGGACGCCUGCGGAUUGCAAAAAACAAUCGAAACAGAGGAGAGGUCCAGAACACAAAGGGAUCGAGAACAGUUUGGGAGAAAGUGGCUCUGAAGAUGAAAGAUAUCAAGACAAAAGCAGAUAAUGGAUAAAAGGAGAACGAAUUUCAGCUGAUGUAGAUGUUUGGAUUUCCCAUCGACUGGUUUUCUCACAUGAAUGUUUGUUUUAUUUUCGUUUGCAUAUUUGACAUUUUGACUCGUACAUCAUCACACCUGUAAAUAAAUGUGAAUACAAUCACGUUUGUAUCACAGUAAAAAACACACCACGCUUCACAACAAAUUGCACAUGCCGUCAUUACAAUCCUUCAAAAUGACACUCAAAUCCCAGCCAAUCAGCAGGACUGUUGUGAUGCAUCUGAUUGGAGAUUUGCCCUGUGGGUGGGGCUUAGUUUGGGGAGGUGGAGUUUCGGAUGCUCAUCAACAUAAACCCACCCAUUUCUGUUGCACCUGAUGGUGUCAGUCUGUUUGCUGGUAUAUCAUAUUUUAUGGCUAUUUUCUUUCAGUAUU